AAUUUAAAAUUCAUAACGUGAACAUUUAACUUCUCUCCUGUGACUUCAUCUAAGAGAUUUUUUUUUUCUUUUUGUUUUAUUACAAGGUUGUUUCACUUUUACAGUAGAUACCUGGAGUCGUUUCCUCCUUUCACUAAAUCAAGUCGCUUCCCCUUCCUUGACAUUUUCAUUUUCAUUUUUCUUUUUCACUGUAUAGUGUAUGCUUGGAGACCAACCGGCGUUUGAGAAUCCGAAUCACAGAUCCAAAACACCAAAGAUGGGAAAUCCCAGAAGAGAUCAUCCACCGCCACUCCCACCACGCUCGCCACUCCCACCAUGCUCACCGCUCCAUGCCGGAAAUCCAUCAGAUCCCCUCUCAAGCAGACCACUCUGUGUCGGAUUCCACCUCAGAACUCAUUUUCCGCCUCCGCAACACCACCCCAUUCGGCUUCUCCGUGUCGCGCGUCUCCUCCGGCGAAGUCCUGUUCGACACGUCGCCGGACACGUCCGAUCCAGCCACUUUCUUGGUCUUCAAGGACCAGUACAUCCAACUCUAUUCCUGGCUGCCUAACGACACGUCAUCUCUGUACGGUCUGGGAGAGCACACAAAGAAGUCGUUAAAGUUGAAACCCAAUGACACGUAUACACUCUGGAAUGCUGACCUGGCAAGCGCAAAUCUAGAUGUCAAUCUUUAUGGGUCCCACCCUUUCUACUUGGACCUCAGAUCCGGCGGAGCCGCUCACGGCGUUUUGCUGCUCAACAGCAAUGGCAUGGACAUCGUCUACGGCGGAGACAGGAUAACUUACAAGGUCAUCGGUGGCGUGAUUGAUUUGUACCUCUUCGCCGGACCGUCGCCGGCGAUGGUUAUAGAGCAGUAUACAGAACUGAUCGGCCGCCCUGCCCCUAUGCCGUAUUGGUCUUUCGGGUUUCAUCAAUGCCGAUACGGUUACAAAAACGUGUCGGAUAUCACCGGUGUGGUGGCCGGGUAUGCAAAGGCCAGAAUCCCUCUUGAAGUCAUGUGGACGGACAUUGAUUACAUGGACGGGUAUAAGGAUUUCACUCUCGAUCCAGUCAAUUUUCCGGCGGACCUCAUGAAAAAAUUCGUCGAUAAGCUUCACAAAAAUGCUCAGAAAUAUGUGUUGAUUUUGGAUCCAGGAAUUAGCGUGAACAAUACCUACGAGACAUUCGUCAGAGGAAUGGAAGCCGAUGUCUUCAUCAAACGUGACGGUGCUCCUUACUUGGGCGAAGUCUGGCCUGGUCCGGUCUACUUCCCUGAUUUCGCGAAUCCGGUGGCUGAAACAUUUUGGGCCGGUGAGAUUAAGAGAUUCAGGGAUAUUCUUCCGGUGGACGGUCUCUGGAUUGAUAUGAAUGAGAUUUCCAAUUUCAUAACUUCCCCUCCAACCCAAAAUUCUACACUGGACGAUCCUCCUUACAAAAUUAAUAACGACGGAAAUCACCGGCCAAUUAAUAACAACACAGUUCCGGCAACCUCUAUGCAUUUUGGGAACAUAACUGAGUAUAAUGCCCACAACCUGUACGGUUUAUUGGAAAGCAGAGCCACUCACUCGGCGUUGAUCGAGGUGACUGGUAAACGGCCGUUUAUACUAAGUAGAUCCAGUUUUGUCAGCUCCGGAAAGUAUGCAGCCCACUGGACCGGAGAUAAUGCGGCGACGUGGGAUGAUUUGGCUUACUCAAUCUCAUCCAUUCUGAAUUCCGGAAUCUUUGGAAUUCCGAUGGUCGGAGCGGAUAUUUGUGGUUUUUCUCUGAAUACCACUGAAGAACUAUGCUGCCGAUGGAUUCAGCUAGGGGCAUUUUACCCCUUUGCUAGAGAUCAUUCUGCCAAGGACACAAUUCGUCAAGAGCUGUAUCUCUGGGAUUCGGUUGCUGCAGCGGCCAGGGAGGUGCUCGGCCUCCGGUACCGCCUCCUGCCGUACUUCUACACGUUAAUGUACGAGUCACACAAAAAAGGGACACCCAUUGCACGUCCUCUUUUCUUCACAUUCCCUGAAGAUCCCCAAACCUAUGAAAUUGAUUCCCAGUUCUUGAUAGGUAAAGGUGUAAUGGUGUCACCUGUGUUGAAGCCAGGAGCAGUCACCGUUGACGCUUACUUUCCGGCAGGAAAUUGGUUUGACCUCUUUGAUUACUCCAAGUCAGUGAGUGCAGAGGCAGGGAAAUACGUGACACUUGAUGCUCCUCCGGAGCAUAUAAACGUGCAUGUCCGAGAAGGAAACAUUAUAGCCAUGCAAGGAGAAGCCAUGACCACAAAAGCAGCCCGGGAGACACCAUUCCAGCUAUUGGUGGUCGUCAGCCGUGAAAACAUGAGGGGGAAAGUGUUCUUGGAUGAUGGAGUGGAAGUGGAGAUCGGAGGAAAGGGAAAGAAUUGGAGUUUGGUGAAAUUCUAUGGGAAGCAUAGGAAUAAUGAGGUCAUUGUUAGAUCCAAGGUUGAGAAGGGGGAAUUUGCUCAAAGACAAAAGUGGAUUAUAAGUAAAAUUAGUUUUAUAGGGAUUGAAAAUGUUGGGAAAUUGAAGGGCUAUGAUUAUUGGUUAGGGAUGAGCAAUGGAAGAGUGAUGGAUGCGGGAUCAGUUCAAAGGACAAUGAGGGAUGGUGAAGAUGCAAGGUUUUUUACGUUGGAAAUUUCGUCACUGAAUCUACCCAUUGGGCAGGAGUUUGAAUUGAAACUCAAGCUUGGUUCUCAUUAGAAUUAUAACAUGUGUAACAUAGGCCUGUGGGGGUGGGGCCAACAUUUACCCAAAAUACAGUUCACUAAUAAUUAAGCUUUUGCUAAUUGGAUAUGGAGAAUAAAACUACCUCCUUUCC